AUGAGUAUAUGGUCAAUUUUGCUGGCAAUAUUUUUUCCAGCGUUGGUGGUGACAGAAAACGUAACCAAUAUACCUAAUUUUCCUGAUAAUAAAGGAACAUAUAAUUGUAGGACGCGUGAAUGCUUGAUAGAUAAUAUAAAAUACGAAUAUGAUGUUGUUAAAAAUAUAAAAGAGAGUGUUGAUCCCUGUGAAAAUUUCUACGAAUUCGCCUGUGGUAACUUUGAUGAUUUACCUUAUGCUCCAAAAUUAACGAAUCGUGUUUUCGAAUCUAUAACAUCUGCGAACGGGGCAUUGGACGCAUUAACACUCUAUUCAAGUUCAUCUCAUAAAUUGAAGCCUUUGAAUUUUCUGAGAGAUUUUAUGGAUUCCUGUCAAAAUCUUAACCAAAAUAAUGAUUAUUCAAAAUCGGGUGCAAAAGAGGAUAGAUUAGAAUUUCUGAAAGAAGUCAUUUCAAAAUUAGGUGGGUGGCCAGUUGUUGAAGGUGAUAAAUGGAAUGAAAAAGAUUUUGAUUGGAUUAAAUUCGUUAGCCAAGCAGAAAAUAUCGGUUAUGUGUCUGGCCAAAGUUUUAUGUAUUUUAUUGUUUUGCCGUCAAUGUCUGAUGGCGCAGUAUCAUUCAAUUUGUAUCCACCACAGCUAGAAUUUUCCUAUGAAUAUGUGAAAAACGUCCAGAAUUUCGGUUUAAUGAGCUAUUACUACAACUAUAUGAUCAAUGUUGCUAAAUUUUUGGGAGCUCACGCAACACGAGCUAAAGAAGAUCUUAGGGCAGCAUUUGAAUUCGAAAAGCAACUUAUUUAUGGAACCAACCAAGCAACCAGCUACUCGUCAGUUAACAUAACUUUCACCUCAAUGUCACUUGGCGAAAUAAAACAAACAUGGCCCAGUAUAAAUUGGGCUGAAUAUUUUAAUAAUCACUUGCUCCCAUACUUUUCUCAUGACGACAAAACCCUUGUAGCUGUUUGGAAUAAAAAAUACAUAACAAACUUUGAAAAGUUGAUGAAUGAAACUUCGAAAAGGGUACAAGCAAACUACGCAAUUUGGAAAACAAUUCAAUUUUCGAUACCUUUCAUUAAAUCCGUGACUCUGUAUAACUUUGCUCAAACUUACGGAUUCUUCAAACAGCAACUCAUCGGAUCCCAUGACUGUUUCGCAGAAGCCAAAACCUACUUACCGAGUAUCGCACGAGCUCACUAUGCACGCAAUUAUCCAGUAAAUCAAGAGGUUAAACAAAAUGUUGGCCUUAUUUUUUCAAACAUUAAACGAAAAUUGCUGGAUACUCUAAAAUCGAAAAAUUUGGACGCUCACACUAAAGAAAAAAUGAUUAAAAAAAUUGAAAAUUUAAUGGCUGUUGUGGGUUAUCCUGAGGAAGUAUUGGACGAUGAAAAAUUAGAUAAAUAUUUCGAAGAUCUUAAAAUCACUAAGGAUAAUUAUUUGGGUAAUCUUUUGAGUAUUCAAUCAUUUACAAUGAACCGGAAACUAACAGCAUUUGGUAAGCCAAAUAAUUUGUAUGACUGGAAAGAUAUUUUUACAAUCAUGACCAUGGGUACAGCUCAAGAAUCUUACUAUUGUCGACGUGAAAAUAUUCUUGUCAUAACAGAUUGGCUGAGCAAAUUUUUGAUCAACACAAAUCGUUAUAACUACACGAACUACGGUGCGAUUGGAGCCCUUAUUGGUUAUGAAGUUGGUCGAGCUGUUGAUUUUUCAGUUGAUUUCGAAGAAAAGUAUCUGAAUAAUGAAACGGAGAAGUGUAUCGUUGAAAAGUACAGCAACUACACUGGAGGAUACGGAACCCAAGCAUACGGUAUAGUUAACUUGAAGGGCACCAUCACUCAACAAAUGGGUGUUGAAUUGGCUUAUUCAGCAUAUCAGGAGUGGGCUAAAGAACAUGGAGAAGAACCGAACUUAGCUCGACUGUAUACAUCCAAUCAAUUAUUCUGGUUGGCGUACGGGAAUAUAAAUUGCUCACCGAAAUCUUGGACCUAUACUUCUAGCCAGACAUCUUAUGAUAAGCGUGUGAAUUGGCCACUUUCGAAUAUCCCAGAGUUCUCAAAAGAUUUCAAUUGUUCCUUAAAAUCUCCAAUGAAUCCCAAAAACAAGUGCAUUAUUUUGUUAUAAAAAAUU